CUCCUGAUAAAUCAUCCGUGGGGCGUCCCCCAUUCCUAUAGCAUAUGAAUGCAUCUUGUCGCGUUUAAAUGACAUCAUACGCGCGCCAACAUAACAUACGGUACAUGUGGAACUGUGGGGCUAAAUUGAACAGUUUAUUUAGUGGUUAGUCUAUUUUCUUUGUCUGUGGUUUGAUAUCCGGGCGGUGGCGCACUUUCCAGAGGUUUAAUACUUCGUGGAAUUAUAAAGAAGAGCUCUGCUUCUGUUAAAUGCUGCCAGUUAGCUUCCUGCAGAGAGCAGCCAGGACGCUAACAUCAACAGCUAGCUAGCCGGUUGACAGUCGUCGUCUGUGCUCUCCUCACAUGGCUGAUGACAGCGUGAAAGGUGAAGCCUCAGCCCAGCAGGACAAGGAUAACGGGCCUGACGAGAGCAGCCAGAAGACGGAGAGCUGUAAUAAUGGAGAGAACGCAGCAGGAAACCAAACGGUGUCCAAAAGGCAAAAGAAGAAGCUUCUGAAACAGCAGAAAUGGGAAGAAGAGAGAGAACUACGGAAGCAGAAACGAAAGGAGAGGAAGCAGCAGCGUCGGCUGCAGAGGCACAACCAUCCGGAGGAGCAGGGAGGAGAGGCCCAACACGGGAGGAAACGUCCCCGCAGAGAGGGGACGCCCAGCUCGCUGAGGCUGGUGGUGGACUGCAGCUUCGACAACCUCAUGCUGACCAAGGAUGUCCAGAAGCUUCACAAACAGAUCCAGCGCUGCUAUGCUGAGAACAGACGAGCCUCGCAUCCAGUGCAGGUGUAUCUGACCAGCCUGGGAGGACAGCUGAAACAGAGCAUGGAUGAAAAGGACAAAGGAUGGGUGAACUGGAAGGACAUCAGCAUCAAAACGGAGCACUACAGCCAAGUGGUGGCGAAGGAAGAGCUGGUGUACCUGACGUCGGACUCUCCCAACGUGCUGGAAGAGCUGGACCACACAAAGGCCUACGUGAUAGGAGGCCUGGUGGACCACAACCACCAUAAGGGGAUCACUUUUGAGAGGGCGACGGAGCUGGGGAUCGAUCACGCUCAGCUUCCUCUGAGCAGUUUUGUCAAGAUGAACAGUCGGAAGGUUCUGGCAGUCAAUCACGUGUUUGAGAUCAUCCUGGCCUACUUGGAAAAGGGCAGCUGGCAGGAGGCCUUCUUCACCGUCCUGCCUCAGAGGAAAGGAGCAGUGGCUGUCGACCAGGAAAAAGAAGAGGCAGAUUCAGACUCUGACCCCGGUCCCUGACACACCAGACCACGCUGAGAAAAGAGCCAAAAAACUUUGUUCAAAUGGACAACUUCAGGCAAAGUUGAUUCCUGGGGAAACCUAUGGAUGCUGAGGCUAUGCUCAAAAGAGGGAUGUGUUAACAAAGCAUCUGUUUCUUUGUAAUUCAAAUGGCUUUUUUUUUUUUUUUUUUUUUUUUUUUUUUUUUAAACCAGCUAUUUAUUGAAAUGUUUAUUUUGUGCCUCCUGUAAUGGGUAAUAACUUAGUUGAACAGCUAAUGGAAAGUUCAAUUUUGCUACAACUAUUGGCAGAAUAUAUGUUAUUAUUACAGAAAAUGUUUUUUUUCCUUUUUAGCAAGAAGCUCAAGCUGUCAGCCUGGUGCUUAAUCUAUUCAUUUAAAAAAAAGUUUUAAAGCAGGAUAAAGUCCCAACAUGAGCAUUAUUGUCACUGGCCCUGGAAUUCUUGGAAAAGAUUAACGGUGUGUCUAUUUGCCCCCCCGGUACAAAUAGCCUCGGCCACACAGCUGAGCUAUUUACACCCUGUGAU